AUGAUAGACUGGGGGCCAGUGUUCAUUGCAGUGAUGCUGUUCAUAAUCCUAACACCAGGCUUGCUCAUCCAGCUCCCUGGCAAUGCCAGAUAUGUGGAGUUCAGCAACUUCCAGACCAGUGGGGCUUCAGUUCUGGUUCAUGCCGUUCUUUACUUCUGUUUUAUGUGCAUUUUCUUGCUGGCUGCUAGUAUCCAUAUGUAUAUAGGUGCUUGA